AAGUAGGUAACAAGUAGGAUGAAUAGUGAUAAUAUGUUUUUAUUGAACUACAGUCCAUAAUAUUAAGAAAUGACGUUUAUUGUUUAAUUAAAACUAACUAAAAUUCAACUCGAGUGCGAUGUGCGUAAAUUCGUAUGAUCAAACGAUAGAAUUUUUUAUACAUGAACAUCGUUAAAAUUAUUUUUUCUUUGUUAUUUUAAUUAUAUGCUAUUUAAGUUGAAACAAACGUACCUAGUACAGAUUUUAUAGUCAUGUCAAUAUUUGAGAGCUCCACUACCCUCAAGGAAAAAGUGGACGAUACUCAUCCGUUUAAGUGCAAAAUUCUCAAUAAUCGAAAUACUAAUGGCUUUACGGAGUAUGUGAUAGAAGUUACUCGUGUCAGUUCCCAAGACUGUUCUUGGAAAAUAUUUAAGCGAUAUAGUGAUUUUGUAAAACUUCAAAACUCGUUAAAUAAAAUUUCCAGCAAAAUCAAUUUGGAUCUGCCACCAAAAAAAUUUAUCGGCAACAUGGAUCGUAAACUUGUGAUACAAAGACAAGACGCAUUACAAAAUUGUUUAGACAUAAUGGUUGAUAACAUCAUGUUAGCAAAUUCAUUACUAGUUAGAAGCUUUUUGGAUCCAGAAACAUAUGCAGGAUAUUGCAAAGAGUCUCACCUUCAAAAAGUCGGGAUGGUCCUCAGAGGUAAUAGAGAAUUUGAGUUAUCCAAAGAACUUCCAAGUAUUGGAUGGCGUUUACGAAGAAAAUCGUUUUUAUCUAAAUGGAAAAAAGAUCCUAAACAAGAAUUUUUGUUAUCGUGGACCGAAAAUGGUCCUGAUUUAAUAUUAAGACAACAAGAUUUAAAUUCCGUACUCAAGUCAAUUUCUAGUAUUAUACAUCCCCUCAUAGACGUUCCUGUGAUACUACCAAGUCCCGAAGCAUACACAUUGUCCAUACAUAAUAUUCAAGUUGGCAGUUUAAGAGACCUUCUUUACCAGACAACUCCUCUACAACCCUUUUUAAAGAAAUACUGGGAUGUUUCAACUCAUAUAUACUUGCCAGACCAAACUAUGAGAUCUUUAAUUAAACAGAUUUUGUAUGGACUUAAGUUUUUACAUGACAACCACAUCCCCUAUGGCCACUUGCAUUCUGGGAACAUAAUAGUCUGUGAUAUUGAAAACAUUAAAUUGACUGGAAUUGAAAAUAGUUCGUUGGGUUUGUCGUCAUAUUAUCGGUCAUUUUUAGUACAACUUGGUAAAAAACGUAUUCAAAGUUUGAAUGAUGCCGAUAUUUAUGGGUUUGGCCAUAUUUUGUAUGAAUUAACAGAAAACGAACCUUUAACAAGGCCAUCCUGCGAAUUUUUCUCACAAAAAACCCCAAUAAAUUUGACAAAACAAAUGAAAACUAUACUGGCGCCUUCUUCGUCCAAACCAAUGCCUGAUGUUAAUGAUGUAAUAAAAAAUUUUAAACAUGCACGAAUAAUAGACGAUCAAAAAGACGCAUCGUUUUUUCAAUGCAAAAUACCAAGUGUCAUUCAACAACAAUACAAACGAGUUGCAAACAAAUGUAUUUCUAGGUUAUUUGAAGACCAGAAAAAAUUUUCGUUAGAAAAACGUAACAAAAACAUGAAAGAUAAAAUAAAUAAAAUGUUUGAUGAUGAAAUUUGUCCCAAAAAUUUUAAGUUUUGCUCUAUUCAAAAUGUAAAUAUGAAUGAAAAUACUAAUAGGUCACAUAGUUCGAGCAGUAAUAGUACAUUGACAUCACUUGGAUCUGAUACACAAACAAAUAAUGUUGCUAAUACAACUCUUACAGCCAGUUAUCCGCCGCCUCCACCUCCGCCACCUCCAUCAAACACAGUAACUAAUUCUCCUGAGCCCUUACCUCAGACAAGUUACCAGAGAACGGCUCUUUUAUCAUCCAUUAGUUCGUUCAAUCCAAACAAAUUAAAAAAAGUGGCCAAAUAGUCAAACUUAGUAAAAAUUAGGUGGUUUUUUUGCUUGCCAACAAAAUAUUUAAUUAAAUAAAAAUUGUUCCUAAGAAUACUAUAAAAAAAAAAACUAGUUCUUAAAACUUCUUUUGUUUAUUAUUUAUUUUUAAAAAAUCAAUCUUAUUCAUGUGUUGUUGAAGUGCGGAGGUUUUUUUUGUUUUACUAUCAAAAAUAAACUGAGUAUUUUGUUAAAAACAUUUUAUUAAAUGUUAAUUAUUGUGUUAUCAUUUUUAUUAACAUUGAUAGUUUUCAAGUAGUUUACUGUAAGUUAUCAACAAUUCGUGUUGUUAUUUAUAAAUAUAAAAUUG